UGUUUAUGUCCCCCACGACGCAAACAAUACGAUGUCAUGUAAUUGUACCCGCAAACAAGACUUUCUACAUUAUGUAAUAUUAUUUUGUUGUCAUAAAGCAAACAAGUCUAGUAGUUCUUUAGCAGAGAUCUUUAGUUUAGUUUCAAAGAAGCCAUUUAGAGAUUACAAGAACUAGCUCGCUAAGUAUUACAGCUUAUGGCAACGGAUAGAUAGUGGAUACAAGCUAAAAGAAUGGCUGACAACGUCGAUACUACAGAUCUACAACCACACGUGCAAGCUCAUAAUUCCACACAUACUUCUACAACUUGUAGAGAGAACGGCUCCAGCCCACGACUAAAAGUAGAGUGUACAGGUCCUCGUGGUGGUUUGGAAGGUGAAUCUGAAGGAGACACUUUAGUGGACUGUCAAGAAGCUAACAUGGAUGUGGAGAUGAGCAGAUAUGGUGCUGAUGAUCCCACAGAGCCUGUACUUAGCCUCAGAAUGCUCAUGAACAGCAAGGACGUUGGGAGCAUCAUUGGAAAGGGAGGAAUGACAAUAAAAGCAUUCAGAGAAACAAGUGGGGCAAGGAUAAACAUCUCCAACAGCACAUCAUCAGAAAGAUUGGUGCAGGUCACAGGGAGCAGAGAGAGUAUAACUAGAGCCUUCUCAGACAUUGGGAGAAAGAUACUAAUUGAUGGGAUCUGUUCCUCCCGCACGCAGGACAUGGCUGAUGAGGAAGACAGAGAAGACAGAGGCAGCGACGAGGACAGCGAUGUUCCUCAGGUGACAUUCCGACUUGUGAUUCAGACAUCACAGUGUGGCUCUCUCAUUGGUAAAGGUGGGACUAGGAUCAAACAGAUACGAGAGACUACUGGAUCUUCUAUACAGGUUGCUGGUGAGACCCUCCCCAACUCCACAGAGAGAGCAGUCACAGUGUCUGGUAGCCCUGACUCCCUCACUGCUUGCAUAGGGCAGAUAUGCAAAAUCAUGCUUGAGAACCCACCUCGUGGGCCCAACAUACCCUACAAGCCACAUGCACUGCCCAACCAGGCCUAUCAACAACCAAGAAUGAGUCCCAACAUACCGUUCCAAUCACCCUACACUGCAACAUUCCACCCUGCUGCCGGUCCUGCCACUACCUCACAGCAGAUGAGAAUACCUAAUGAUUUGAUUGGAUGUGUUAUCGGACGUAAAGGGUCAAAAAUUCACGAAAUAAGAAUUAGUUCUGGUGCCCAGAUAAAGAUUGCUGGUAACGAAGGAGACAGUCAGGAUCGUCUGGUGACCAUUACCGGUACCCCUGAGGCAGUAGGCGUGGCACAAUACCUCAUUAACUCCAGAAUACAUUCAGAAGUGAACAGUUUCAUAUCAGUGGGAAUGACCUUGUAAUAUUCAUCAGUACAUUCUUUGUGUACUGAACUGCACUGAACUGCAUUUGUGGUAAUGUAUUUUCGCAUCGAAGUGUUUUGUGAUUCUGAAAAUAAUUUUUUGUGAUAAUUAUUAUUAUGCAUAAUUAUGUAAUGUGGCA